AUGUCUUUCAAAAAGUUGUCUUUCGCGUUUGGCGCUGCCGCCUUUGCGUCUUCCACAUCAGCCUUUCUUUUCCCUAGAAACAACCCACCCCAGCCACCAUGCGUCUACCCGUACACUUCUUUCGUCUACUCGGGGUGUUUCUAUGAUUCUGUUUCCACUCGCUCGCUUCCCUUCCAAGCCGCGUUAGAAUUCAACAAUGCUACUGUAGAGCAGUGCACUGCUUACUGCAAAGGCAACAAUUAUCGUUACGCAGGCUUGGAAUACUAUGGUCAAUGCUACUGUGGUGCGAGUGUCUCGAGUGGCGCGGCCCCCGAGGCUGAUUGCAAUCUCCCCUGUAAUGGCGACAAGACGCAGGCUUGUGGAGGCCAGGAUAGGCUUUCAAUCUAUCAAGAUCCAACGUUCCCAGAUGCCGACGAUAUUGCAAUCUCUUCCGAUUACAUGUCGCUAGGUUGCUACACCGAAGGCACAAGCGGCCGCUCUCUUGACUACUCCCAAUGGGACUACCUUAACAUAUCUGCCAUGACGACUGAAACAUGUCUCACUGCCUGCGGUGCCAAAGGAUAUCCUUUUGCUGGUACCGAAUUCGGACGCGAGUGCUACUGUGGCGUAGUCUUAGGCAACGGCACGACACCGAGUGAUGCAGGGUCUUGUUCAACUCCCUGCACCGGUAACAGCACACAAUAUUGUGGUGGACUUGAUCAUCUCUCACUCUAUGUCGCUAAGAACCUUGAAUCUACCAACCCAUGUGCACCACCUGUUUUAUCCUCCUCAAGUAGUUCGUCAACGACCCCAACACCGACGCCGUCUUCAUCAACAUCUAGCUCCACAUUGAAGACCACGACAACGUCGAAAUGCGUGGGAUAUAAAUGCCCGCCGCCGAUCACAUGCAAGACAUCGACCUCCACUCCAAAGUCUACGCCAAAGACCUCAACUUCGACCAAGACAUCAACUCUGAAGACCACGACAAGCUGCAAGAGUAGUUCAACGCCAAAGAGCACUCCUAAGAGUAAGCCUGACCGGUGCUGUAGACUAUCGGACCAGCCUUGCGGAACAAAUCAGGAACCUCCAUACUCUUCUUCUUCUUCUUCUUCAUCAUCAUCAUCAUCAUCAUCUUCUUCUUCUUCUUCUUCUUCUUCUUCUUCUUGGGUAUCAACGCCAAAACCAUCACCCACUCCCACUCCCUCCAAGACAACGUGGGUAUAUAACAUCCCGUCGAACACGUACACAGCCCCGCAAUACGCGCCUACCGUGUCCAGCAAGCCUCCUUCCUCAUGUCUGUGCUCGACGCCAGCUCCGUGGGCUGGGAACAAGAGCGUUGGAGGCAUUUUUCUGCCAUGUGUAGGCUGUAACGAUAACCCUGUCCAAGUUCUACUUCUCCCCUUCAAGCUCUUCAACUCCGACAACUCGCUCACUUGCCCCACGUACAGGGCCUCACAGCUCAAGGAUGCAUGCUACGAUGCGUGUAAAACGCAGCUUGAUUGGUGUAUGAACUAUGCCGACCAGAGCAGGAAUAAUGGCGGACAGCCGGAGCCGUAUGAGGAAGCGAGCGCAAAGUGUAAGCAGCAGUAUGUGGAUUGCUAUGCGGUGAAUGGGGGAGUGAAAUAUGAGGGGAAGUGUUCGUGAGGAUAAGGGGAGAGUGUGUGAUGAGCAGUUGAGAGCUUAACAAUUGAUGGAGGAAAACUUAGCAACGAAAGAUGUCGUCAGUCUUCAAGAAGGGGAACUGCAGAUGAGUGUGAAAAAAAUAUCCUCACAGGCGCCAAUCUCACCUCCCAUCCCACUCAGCCUUUCCCCACCAUGCCACUCUUCCAGUGCUUUUGAGAUGCGCUUUUUCCUUGCGUUCCCGAGCCCUGCACCUCGACCCCAUCCUACACAGAACCUCCCAACAGCCCAACAGCCUAACAGCCCAACAGCCCAACAGCCCAACAGCCCAUCAACCAAUACCUCUCCAGCCGACCUCGGCCAACCUUCAUCAGGCCGAUCUGGUCUUGAGACGCAAGAUUCCCCGCGAUGCUCAGGGAAUAA